CAAGCCAUGCUUUUUGGCAUUUUGCUUUGUUUUGUCGACUGGAAAUAAUUAUAAUUUUUUGAAAAAUGGCAGAACAUUCUCCCUCCCCAACUCCUGAGAGAGCGAUCUAUGGAUUUGUUCUUUAUGUGGCAACUUAUUUGCUGUUUGGUGAAUAACACUUUUACGUAUUCUGAUAUUCUAUGUAUUUAUAUUUUAAUUUAGUUGCUAGUACUGUAGUGUUUACUAUUUAUUGAAUAUUCGUACUUUAUUAGGUUUAUAUAUUUUAUGGGCAUAUUUACCCGAGUCUUGGUUGACUAAACUUGGUAUAACCUAUCUCCCCCAACGGUUAGUAUAGCCCUAGUUCUUUAUACUAUACUCUCAUGAGAAUAUUGUGAUAAUUUGCAACAUUUGACAAAUUUUAGACAUCUCACACAAUAGAACUAAAUAUUGGUUUUUGACAGUGGAAAUAUUGAUUGUGUCAAUUUUAUACAAGCUUAGACAACUAGGAGCAGAUGCGAUAAAUGCAACUAUAGGCGGGCCCCAGACUGCAUUGUUUGCAAAACACGCGCGGGAUUUUUGAAACUGACAAUUAUAAUGCGCACUUGCAGUGAAAUAUGAGCGCCGAAUUGCGCACACUGAUUGUAAGUCGUGCAGUGUUUCCACAAUACACCAUUCAAGUUUAUUUGAUUUGGCCUUAAAAUUUCCUUGAAUUUCUUUUUUAGGGUCAAAAUUUUCUUGAUUUUGAAAAAGGAAAUUUCUUUGAAAGUGGAAACGCUAUUCAGCUUCUGGAAGUUGCGCGAAUGCACACGCACGUUCUGUGAAAGAAAUGUGCUCGGUUUUUCCUAUAUUUUGGUUGAAAAGCGCGACAUGUGUAAAAAAUGCGCGCGGAAUAUGUUCCGCGCACACAACAAACAAUACAGUCUGGGGCGGAGCCCUCUGGCAGGAAUCGAACCGGCGGCCCUGUGCAGAGGGCCUAUCUAUAGUUGCAUCCAGUUAGGUCCAAUAAUGUGUAAAAUGUACACAAUCAAGAUUUCCAUCUACAAAAAUCCUGCAACAUUUCAUAACAUUUAUUAAUUCCACAACACUUCAUUUUUGGUACAAUUACUCAAUCCAGUAAUUUUAAGAGAUCAGUUGAUUACUUUGAUUUUAAUUUGAUGUAAAAUCUCUUCUCUUAGAUUUUGGGUGUUUGCUGGCCCAAUGUAUUUCUGUGUCACAUUCCUGUUCGUUCUGUUCUGCUAUGUUUCCUGGAACUUACUGAAAACGCCCCCCUUGAAUUCAAUGUCCACCCUGACAGGUAGGGUGUCCUCACAUAUUGCAAUUUAUGUUGAUUUUAGGCUUAACCAAAUUCUAAUGUCAGUGAAUUAUCAGUUCAGGCGGUUGUCACACCUUUAGUUCAUAUUGGAUCAUUCCAGAAAAGAUCCAUACUCCCCCCAGAGAGGAACUUUCUGCCGUCCGGAGGGGGAGGGGAGAAAAAAUUGUUUCUGAUAAUAGUAAAUGUAUUAGGACAUCCGAAGAAGGUAGGGGGGUUAACUUUCUAUUUCCUCUGUGGGGAUAGUAUGGAUGUUUUCUGGAAUGACCCAUUUUCAAAUAUCACAGAUUUUAAAUAAUGUUUUAAUACCAGAUCAGUUUGCUCGAAAAGCACCUGAAGAAUUACAAGACAGAACCUCUGGUGGUUGUGUUCCACCACUUGGAGACAUUGAUAUUACAACAGUAAAUAGAUGUUUAUAUUUAAGACAUACAAAUGUAGAACAAUUGCCAGUAAAUAAAUAAUAUUUCAUAUGGUAUCUAUAGACUGUUUCAUUAAUCGCUAUCAACAGCAGAAGCUACAUUAGAUGUAGUACCAGUAAAUAGCAACACAUCAAGACUCUAAUAUAACAUGUAUAUUAUCUGAUUUUCUUUUAAUUUAACUGCAUACUUUAAUUUAGUAGCCAACCACUUGCAAUAUGCAGACUGAAACCUAACCUUAAUCAUGGAACUAAAGCUUCUAGAGAACUAACAAUAAUUAACCAUAAUAUGACCUUAUAUAGUAAUUCUCAUAUUUCUUCACUUGUAUAUAUUUUAUACCUAUGGUAUGUAAUAAUUUCAUCAUUCCUGAUGACUACAAUCUAUCUAGUCACAAUGUUGAAUAAACAUGGUAUGGUAUUGUACUAUAAUUAAAAUACUCAGUACAGUAGUUGCCACAAUUACCAGUAGUAUUUUAGAAGUCUUGUAUUUGGAGGUAUAAAUAAAUAUAAUUUGUUUUAUAUUUGGCUUGCUCAUGUCUAAUUGGAGAAAUAUGUUUCCUUUUCACAUGAAAAGAUUAGACUUUCACUUUUCAAGUUUUGGUAAAUCUUAUUGGAAAAAUAUAUACAGUCAAACUAUUGUAUACUAUAGUUCUUAUUUAUGAAGCUACAUAUUAUUUUACAAAGCUACACAAAAGUUACCCAGUCAAAGUUGCAUCAAUCUGUUUAACAAAUGGUAGUGUUAGUUUCACUUUUCGUCUGUAAUUGACAUCUUUUGCUAGAGGGUUGCCUUCCAGGUAGAUUGUGUUCAAAGUCUCUAUUUUCUUCAAUUGAUCGAGAUCAUUCCAUGAUUCCAGCAGAUUGUUGUUGAACUGAAA